UACAUCAUUCAGACAUGACGUCCGCCUUUCAAAUGCUUCAAGUAGGAAGUGAAUUCGUCACUUCGCCAGACAAACUAUGUUGGAGAAAAUCCAAUAUUCGUUAAUCGUUGACUGGUAUAAACAAGUUUGGCUGUGAGUAUUUACCAUAUAACAAUUAGCCGCACUGAAAACCUGACGGACAUCAGGUUAUAAGGGGGUUGUGUUUCCUUUUCUCCCAGCAGAUAGGACGGUGUUUCAGACCAUGGUCACUGUUGGAUACCCUAGUGCCCCCAAGGAGGGCACAGAGGCCAUCAUGCCUCAGGAACAAGAACCAGAGAAGAGAAGAUUUCGGUCCCACUCCCAACUAUAUGGAGCCAUCGGGGACAGCAUAGGCAAUCUAGGAGAUAACUGCCCGACUUGUCGAGGAAUAGGGCGUAUUCCAAGAAAACAUGAUCAGCUAGUGGCAGUCAUCUCAUGUUCAGACAAAAGACUGAGGCCCAGCCGCACGAAACUCUACGUGUGUAUCUCGGUGGUGCUGUGUCUCCUGAUCUGCUUUCUGAUCCUCUUCUUCCUCUUCCCACGGAGUAUCUCACUAUCCUCUGUCACUGUCCAAUCAGUGAGGGUCUUCUUCACCCCAGACAAAGUUGAAAUGCAAGUCACUAAUGUUUUCAACUUCACCAAUGACAAUUUUGCGGAGAUGAAAGUCUUGGACUUUGAUAUGCAAGUGCUGAUCGAUGAAACAGUGAUGGGCAGAAUCAAGAUAUCUAAUAUGACCUCGGUCAAAUCACGUUCAGAGAAAUUGUAUACUGUUGUCAUACCCAUAAUAAUUGAGGACCCAGGCCUAAAUAAUUACUGCAAGUCAACCUCCAUAAGGAUUCACACAUUGUUCUUACUUUUGCAAAUGACAAUGAAUGUGUCCUACCUGGCUCACUCGGAGCAGCUGUCCAAAGACACCUUUGAGUACAUUGACUGUGGAGCCAACACCACCAUUCCACACCCUAUCUGGCAAAUGAUUUUGGAACGAUGAAAGCCUGGCAAUGAGGGAUUCCCAAAGUGAAAAUAUGUAUUAUAAACAAGAUAGACUCAUCAAAGGGAAAUGUACACGUAUUGUAGUAGACAAUAUUAUUCAUUCUAGUAUUGUCCUCUGCUCUGCCCACAUUAUUUGCAGUGCAAUAUUCUUCUAAAGUAGUUUUGUGAAUGAUUUGUGAACUGUGCCCACAUUAUUUGCUGUGCAAUAUUCUUCUAAAGUAGUUUUGUGAAUGAUUUGUGAACUGUGCCCACAUUAUUUGCUGUGCAAUAGUCUUCUAAAGUAGUUUUGUGAAUGAUUUAUGAACUGUGCCCACAUUAUUUGCAGUGCAAUAUUCUUCUAAAGUAGUUUUGUGAAUGAUUUGUGAACUGUGAAAGUACAUGUUGGUUGUUUUAACAUAAUUGUAGGGAUUUAGAACAUAUAUGAGAUGUGUGAUAAUGAUUCAGAAUACAAAUUCAAUUCCACAAGUCAUGUUAUGUGUAUUUUAAAGUUUACUGCAUUGAUAUUCAGUAUGCAAUUGGCUUGUAAUUCCAUUAACCUCCAUCAACCUUACAGUAUAUAACAAGGUAAAUAACAUUUCCUAAGUGUUGCCAUGAUUUGACUGUGAGAGGAAUGGUGCAGCGAAGUGACAACUUUCCUGGACAGGGUGUUGGACUCUGACUAUUUGCACACUUGGAACUUUUGAGACUCAUGGCUGAAAUACCUAGAACCUUACCAGCUUUUAAAUCAAGUUUCUAUAAUAUUAUUGAAUUUCCCUGUCAAUCGUCACAACAUGAUUAGUAAAAUAAAUAAGCCAUAUUCUACUCUCAA